AUGUUGACUGAGGAGUGUAGUGCUAUCAUUCAGCACAAAUUACCCCAGAAGUUGAAGGAUCCUGGGAUCUUCCAAAUCCCAUGUAUCAUAGGAGAAAUCAUAGUGGAAAAAGCUUUAUGUGAUUUGGGAGCCAGCAUAAAUUUGAUGUCCUUAGCAAUGAUGAAGGGGAUGAAGAUUGAGGAAGCCAAACCAAUGAGAAUGGCACUUCAAUUAGCAGACCGAUCCUUCAAAUUCCCUCAUAGAGUAGUAGAGGACUUGUUUGUGAAGGUAGGAGACUUCAUAUUCCCAGCAGACUUUGUGGUGUUAUAUAUGGAGGAAGAAGCCAAAGCUUCUAUCAUUUUGGGAAGGCCAUUUCUAGCAACAGCCAGAGCCAUCAUUGAUGUCCAAAAUGGUAAACUUAUCCUUAGGCUACAUGAUGAGAAGAUAGUAUUCAAUAUUUUCAAAGCCAUGAGUUACCCACGGGAAUCACUAGGAGAAUGCAUGAGGUUAGAUGCAGUGGAAAUCUUGGUACAAGAACCCUUCGAAGAAUCUGAGGAGGUGUCAGAAGAAGAUCCCACAUCAAACAGUGAGGUUGCAGCAGUUCAAUCAGUAGAUGAACUCAUUCCACGCACGUUAGAGGAAAAGAAAGAAGAGAAGAAAGCACCCAAACUCGAACUGAAAGCACUGCCUCCCACUCUCAAGUAUGUAUACUUGGGAAGUGAUGAAAGUUACCCAGUGAUCAUCAAUUCUGCUUUGAGUCAAGAACAAGAGAAGGAGUUAAUCAAGGUGCUGCAAAAGCACAAAGAUGCCAUUGGAUGGACCCUUUCUAAUUUAAAAGGGAUAAGUCCCUCCAUGUACAUGCAUAAGAUUCUGUUGGAAGAUGAUGCCAAGCCCUCCAUUCAACCUCAAAGAAGGUUGAAUCCAGUCAUGAAAGAAGUAGUACAAAAGGAGGUCAUGAAACUUUGGCAAGCAGGGGUGAUCUACCCAAUUUCGGAUAGUCCAUGGGUGAGUCCCAUCCAAGUGGUUCCCAAGAAAGGAGGCAUCACUGUGGUGCCUAAUGAGAGGAAUGAACUCAUCCCCACACGAACUGUAAUAGGAUGGAGAAUGUGUAUUGAUUACAGGAAGCUCAAUGAGACCACAAGAAAAGACCACUUCCCACUUCCUUUUAUGGACCAAAUGCUGGAAAGGCUUGCAGGGCAUGCAUACUACUGCUUCUUGGAAGGCUACUCAGGAUACAACCAGAUAGUAGUUGACCCAAGAGAUCAAGAGAAAACAUCUUUUACUUGCCCAUAUGGAGUCUUUGCUUAUAGACAAUGCAUGCUGGCUUUUGAAAAUCUUAAAAGAAAACUUUCUUCAUCACCUAUCAUUGCCCCACCUAACUGGGAUUUACCUUUUGAGAUGAUGUGUGAUGUAUCAGAUUUUGCUAUUGGGGUAGUGUUAACACAGAGGAAAGCACUAAAAUACCUACUUGCCAAGCAAGAACCAAAACCAAGAUUGAUAAAGUGGGUUUUGCUGCUGCAGGAGUUCAACAUUGAGAUUAAGGAUAAGAAAGGAGUAGAGAACAAGGUGGCAGAUCACUUGUCAAGAAUUCCUUGUGAAGAAGGCAGCACACACAACCCAAGUGUGAAUGAAUGCUUUCCAGACGAGCAGUUAAUGCUGGUACACAAGGCACCCUGGUUUGCGGACAUUGCCAACUUUAAAGCCACUGGAGAAAUAGAAUACUUAGGAGGUGCAUAUCAGAGGAAGAAGGAAGGGAAGUCUUGUGGAAUUGCCAUGGUUCUUGUUAUGGAGGACACUUUGGAGGGAAAAGAACUACAGCCAAAGUGUUGCAGUGUGGGUUCUUUUGGCCCACUAUCUUCAAAGAUGCCAAAGAACUAG